AUGGAUUCGCUCGACGAUGAACUCCCUCCCGAUCUCGUUGAUACGAGUAAUUCUCUCGCCGAAGAUGAAAAGCCAAUCAAGGUGCCAAUAACUAUAGUCACUGGCUAUCUUGGUGCGGGAAAGACCACUUUGCUCAAUUAUAUCCUCACGGCGGAGCAUGGCAAGAAAAUUGCGGUUAUUAUGAAUGCACUGGAUAUUGAAAAGUCGCUCACUGUUAACAAGGACGGCGAGUCCGUCGAGGAAUGGAUGGAAGUUGGCAAUGGCUGUAUCUGUUGUUCAGUCAAAGAUACUGGUGUGGCCGCCAUCGAGUCUUUGAUGGAAAAGAAGGGCAAGUUUGACUACAUAUUGUUGGAGACGACUGGGUUAGCAGAUCCCGGCAACCUCGCUCCUCUUUUCUGGGUCGAUGAGGGUCUCAGCAGCACCAUCUACCUGGACGGCAUUGUCACCUUGGUUGAUGCCAAAAACAUACUCCGCAGCUUGGAUGACCCAUCUGGGAAAGUCGAAGGCCAUGAAGAAAGCGACGCUCACGGGCCGGUCAUGACGACUGCGCACGUGCAGAUAUCGCAUGCCGACGUUAUCGUCAUCAACAAGUCCGAUCUGGUGUCCGAGGAGGAGCUAGAAACCGUCAAGGCCAGGAUACAAUCCAUCAAUGGUCUUGCCAAGCUGCAUAUUACAAAGCAGAGCAUCGUUCCCAAGCUCGAGGGUUUCUUGCUUGACCUGCACGCCUACGACAGCGUAGAAGGCCUGGAUUCGGCUUCUGCGAAAGGCCACAGCCAUCUAGACCCGACGAUAUCGACGCUGUCCAUACCGAUAACCACGCUUGAACCCAGUCAAGUGAGCAAGGUAGACGGGUGGUUAAGGUCUAUCCUCUGGGAUAACAAAUUACCCGGUGAGGAAGCUCAAGGCAAGACGCCAUUCGAGAUACAUCGUGUGAAAGGCCGGCUGGAACUCUCAAAUGGAGAGAUCAAACUGAUACAGGGUGUACGAGAACUUUUUGAGAUAUUUGACGGGCCUCGGGAAGCGGCAGAGUCGCAUGGUGGCAAGGUAAUCCUGAUUGGCAGGCACUUGCAGCAGUUUGAUUUUCCCGAAAGCCUGAGGGCGUCUCUUAGCUAA